AUGAGCGCACAAUCCCCGCAGGUGCGGCAACCACCGGCAACCCCCACUUACAUUUUACGCGGCCAUGCCGCUGCCAUCCACGCGCUACAGAUAUUCCACCAAAACCUAAGGCUCGUUUCAGGAGACGCAGACGGAUGGAUUGUCGUAUGGGACCUAGUCUCAAAGCGCCCUCGAGCGACAUGGAAGGCCCAUGACGGCGCUGUUCUUGAAGUCAAAGGUUUUAGCUUUGGAAAUGGUGCUGUUACAGUGGUGUUCACGCAUGGAAGAGACCAUAAACUGCGCGUAUGGAGGUUCAGCCUUCAGGAUGAGGAGUCUCUUCAGAAGGUCCUCCCCGUAGACAUCGAGAAAACCUCAUCGACUGCCGCAAGCCAGCCAUGGCUCGUACAUUCGCUUCCGGUGAAUGCGCUGAAUUUCUGCGCGUUCUCCAUGGUUUUCCUUCCUCCGGAUAAAGCAAAUACUGCAAGCGAUGCCAGUGAGACCCCGAAAGAAAACACCUCUCUUUCAUCAGUGCUUAUCGCGGUCCCUAAUGCUCUGAACUCUGGCGCGAUCGAUCUCUUUCAUCUCCCCCAGGAGAGACGUAUCUGCACCAUUCCGGCGGAUACGGAAGUGCUAACUGGAAUGGUUAUGGCGGCUAACCUCGUCAUAUCUCCAUAUGGGGAGUUGUAUGUUGCUUCCGCUUACGAAGACGGUCGAGUUAUGGUCCAUGGCUGCAGGGGAUCCUUACAGGAAAAAGACCUGACGCAGAGUACCAAAACGCCAUGGAAAUGGGAGAAGCUGUACGUUUGUCGGGCUCACUCACAACCGGUUCUGUCGCUUCACGUUUCGCCUGCUGGCAAUUACUUCUUCUCUUCAUCAGCCGAUGCGGUGCUGGCGAAGCAUCCCAUUCCUUCGCUGGGUAGCCCAGGACAUGCCCCGGAAGAGUUGCCGAUCAGGUCGAUUAACACGAAGCAUGCGGGCCAGCAAGGUGUGCGGAUACGGUCUGAUGGGAAGAUUUUCGCGACUGCCGGGUGGGACUCCAGGGUCAGGGUCUACUCGUGCAAGACGAUGAAAGAACUAGCCGUCUUGAAGUGGCAUAAAGAUGGAUGCUACGCUGUAGCGUUUGCGGAUGUUGAUGUAUUUGAAGUAUGCGAGAAAUCAGAUGAGGAAAAGCCUACGGUUUCGCCUAACGACAAUGGCAAUCAAGAAAACCAGCUUGCCGGACGGGCAGAAACUGAAUUCUCGCUUGCAACAGUGCAUCGCCAAAGAUACGAGAAGGUGCAAAACACCCACUGGUUAGCUGCUGGGUCAAAGGACGGAAAAAUCUCAUUGUGGGAUAUCUAUUGA